AUGAACACGAUCAUGAUCUUGUCACUGCUGGUACACGAAACACAUCGCAAGAUCAAGCCGCUGGAGAGAGAGGUGCCGGAGACACCAGAAAGUCUGGUCUUGCUCGUGCCUUGCUACAACGAGAACCAAGAAGAGAUCACGAGAUUCUUGGAGUCACUACACGAACAACAGAAGAUCGAAGAUCAUCAGCAAUGCAUCUUCAUCAUCUGCGACGGGCGCGCACGUGGACCGGGUAUGGAUUAG